AUGGCCUCCCAGCUCCCCCCUUACAAGCAGGACUUCCUCAAGGCCGCCAUCUCUGGCGGCGUCCUGAAGUUCGGCUCCUUCGAGCUCAAGUCUAAGCGCAUCUCACCCUACUUCUUCAACGCCGGCGACUUCUACCGCGCCGACCUCCUCCGGGCCAUCUCCGUCGCCUACGCCCACACCGUCAUCGACGCCCGCAAGACCACCGGUCUCGAGUUCGACAUCGUCUUCGGCCCGGCCUACAAGGGCAUUCCCCUCGCGACCUCCACUACCGACAAGCUCGCCGAGCUCGACCCUGAGCACUACGCGCAGACUUGCUACUCCUUCGACCGCAAGGAGGCCAAGGAUCACGGCGAGGGCGGCAACAUCGUUGGUGCGCCUCUCAAGGGCAAGAAGGUCCUGAUCGUUGACGACGUCAUUACUGCUGGCACCGCCAAGCGUGAGGCCAUUGCCAAGAUCCGCAAGGAGGGCGGCGAGGUUGUCGGUAUCGUUGUCGCGCUCGACCGCAUGGAGAAGCUUCCUGCCGCCGACGGUGACGACAGCAAGCCCGGUCCCAGCGCCAUGGGCGAGAUCAAGAAGGAGUACGGCAUCCCCAUCUUUGCCAUCCUCACCCUCGACGACAUUAUCGAGGGUGCCAAGAGCUUCGCCUCCGCCGAGGACAUCAAGCGUACGGAGGAGUACCGUGCCAAGUACAAGGCCACCGACUAG